UUGAAGCCGGUGCCUGCGCCGCCCCCUUAGAUAUUUUUUAUUCUUUCUCCAUCUGCGAGCCUUUCCCCUUCCUCUGGCCGCUUUGGGGGCGACGUUGCGGCUGACCCGGCGGCCGCACUCACCGGGAAGCCUGGCUGUGUUGCAGGAGACGCGACUGGAGCAGUGACUAGUUCAGCAAUGUCUCUUCAGAAACUGUCACGCUCCAGAAGCAGAAAUUGCAACUGACUGGCCUUUAACAGGAUGAAGACAGUUGUGAAGAUGGCAUGCCUAAGAAACUUUAAAAGGUGUAGACCACCUGAUUGAAGAUGGUUGUUCAGUUUUCCAUCCCAUUUGAUUAGUAAAUUGUUACUUUCCAUAAGCAAGUCAUGAUUACGUUAACUGAACUCAGAUGUUUAGCAGAUGCCCAAUCAUCGUACCACAUCUUGAAACCAUGGUGGGAUGUCUUCUGCUAUUACCUCACCAUGAUAAUGCUGCUUGUUGCUGUCCUUGCUGGGGCUCUCCAGCUCACUCAAACUAGAUUAUUAUGUUGUCUUCCGUGCAAGCUUGAGUUUGACAAUCAUUGUGCGGUGCCUUGGGAUUUGGUUAAAAGCAACCUUAGUAUAUCCUCUAGCUCUGCCGUGCCAGUAAUCCGCCCACUUAGAAUCCAGAAUUAUCUUCAUCGACAACAGUAUUCCUACAUUGAUGCUGUGUGUUACGAAAGAGAGCUACAUUGGUUUGCCAAAUUUUUUCCAUACCUAGUACUUCUUCAUACUUUCAUUUUUGCGGCUUGCAGUAAUUUUUGGCUUUACUAUCCCAGCACAAGUUCGAGGCUAGAGCACUUCGUAGCCAUACUUCACAAAUGUUUUGAUUCUCCCUGGACAACACGCGCCCUGUCAGAAACAGUUACUGAACAGUCUGUGAGGACUUUGUCGUUUUCCAAAUCUAAAACAUUUUUCUCGUCCCGUACCAAUUUGACGGAAUCAGAGAGCAAGCGGCAAUCUAUAUCUUUCUCACAGUCAGGAUUAGAAGCUGCUGGGAAAGAGAGCUCUUCAAGUGUUCUAGACAGAAAAGAAGGGGAGCAAGCAAAAGCAAUAUUUGAAAAAGUGAAAAGAUUCAGGAUGCAUGUAGAAGAAAAAGAUGUUAUUUACAGAGUGUACCUAAAACAGAUCGUAGUCAAAGUCAUUGUGUUUAUAUUAAUCAUGAUUUAUGUUCCCUAUUAUUUAACCUUUAUUACCCUUGAAAUUGACUGUAUAGUUGAUAUUCAGGUUUUUACUGGGUACAAGAGAUACCAGUGUGUUUAUUCUUUAGCUGAAAUCUUUAAGGUGUUAGCUUCAUUUUAUGUUAUCCUGGUGAUCUUGUACGGCCUGACCUGCACUUACAGUUUGUUAUGGAUGCUGAGAAGUUCGCUCAAAGAGUAUUCUUUUGAGAAGCUGAGGGAGCAGAGCAAUUACAGCGAUAUCCCUGAUGUGAAAAAUGACUUUGCAUUUAUGCUUCAUGUAGCAGACCAGUACGAUCCCCUCUAUUCAAAACGGUUCUCAAUAUUUCUCUCUGAAGUGAGUGAAAACAAGUUGAAGCAAAUCAGUCUGAAUAAUGAAUGGCCUUUAGACAGGUUGAAAAGCAAGCUGGUACGGAAUUCCCAGGACAAGAUGGCACUUCACCUUUUCAUGCUUAGUGGUCUUCCAGAUGAUGUCUUCGAACUAACAGAGAUAGAAGUUCUAAGCCUGGAGCUUAUUCCUGAAGUUAAGCUUCCUCCAUCUGUAAGCCAGCUAGUCAGUCUCAAAGAACUAAAUGUUUAUUAUUCAUCUUUAACUGUGGAGUUCCCAGCACUCCACUUCUUAGAAGAAAAUUUAAAAGUGCUACGUCUAAAAUCAGCUGACCUGGGAAAGAUUCCACGCUGGAUCUUUUAUCUAAAAAGUUUGCAGGAAUUGUAUUUGACUGGAUGCUACGUGCUAGAACCCCAGAAUCUCUUCUACAAUGAGAGUUUUGAGGAUCUUGAGAGUCUAAAAGCAAUUUACUUAAAGAUUAGCCUUUCCCGCAUACCUCAGGUGGUUACGGACCAGUUAGCUUCACUACAAAAGUUAUCCAUUGACAAUGAGGGGAAAAAACUGCUAGUGUUGACCAACUUGAAGAAAUUGGUAAACCUGAGAACUCUGGAAUUGAUCAACUGUGAUCUGGAGCGCAUUCCACAUUCCAUCUUCAGCCUGAACAACUUGCAUGAAAUAGACUUGAAAGAAAAUAAUCUCCGAACAGUAGAGGAAAUUAUUAGUUUUCAACACCUUGAGAACCUUUCUUGCCUGAAAUUGUGGCACAAUAACAUUUCCUACAUCCCAGCGCAGAUUGGAACCUUAGCAAAUCUGGAGCAGCUCUACUUAGACCAUAACAACAUUAAAAAAAUACCACUGCAGCUGUUUCUUUGCACGAAGCUCAAUUAUUUAGACCUUAGUUAUAACAAAUUAACCAGUAUUCCUGCAGAAAUCCAGUAUUUAACAAAUCUGCAGUACCUUGGUGUGACAAAAAACCAUAUUGAUGAACUUCCAGAUGAAUUGUUUCAGUGCAGAAAACUGCAACAUCUCCUUCUGGGAUAUAACAGCCUGACAAAUUUGUCCCCUUGUAUUGGUGGACUCUUGAACCUUGUUCAGCUGGAACUCAUAGGAAACCACUUGGAGUCACUUCCUGCUGAGCUAGAAGAAUGUAACUCACUGAAGCGGAGCUGUUUAAUUGUAGAAGAACGUUUAUUAAUGACUCUUCCUGUCCGUGUGGCGGAGCAUUUGCAAGUAUGCUUGGACAGAGUCUGAGAGAACGGCCCGAGUGUACAAUCAAAAUGCUCUUAAGCAUUACAUUAUUAAUGUUGGACCUCUACAGAAAUUAUAGAUGAGAAGGCAAGAAAUUCAAGAAGUUGUAACUUCCGGCCUGCAGCUGUAUGCAUUGAUCCAUGUCACUCUUGAUAAGUUCACGCGUUAAGUCAUAAACAAAAAUAUCAACUUGGCAAGUAAUUUGAAAUUAAUGAUUCGAAAGCAAAAUGAAGCAGAUAGUAUAUACAUCGAUUCUGAGUGUUGAGGUAGAAGAAUAUUGUCUGGGUCUAGUGAAGCUUCGUCUUUCAGAAAGUAAAUCAUAAAUACUGUAAGGACCAAAAAAAAGCAAAUUGGCGUUUCACAUGCGUUCACUAUGUUAGUGAUGGCCAUCCCUAUAUAAAACACCAGUAUUUAUUGCACUGGAAAUGUUAUUUUCUGCCUAUUUUUAGAGCUUAGGGUAUUUCAGAGGCAAGUUAUUAGACAGAAUAUACUGUUCACUUCUGUUUAUAACUGACUUGUGGCUCAAAUUGCCAGGAGCUUCUCCUAUACAAGCUCAACUGAAAUUCCACUGAGAAGUUCCCUAGCGAAUUGUUAGCAGACUGUUUCGGUACACAAUUUGGUUUUUGUGCUUAAUUCCAUUACCAGUUAGGGUUGCCAUAUCCCCAUAACCUCUGGGUAGGAUGUGGGAGACCUGGCACUUACCUUUUCAGAAGUCUUUGCCGCUCCCAGGGCUCACGAUCGCACAGGCCACGUGCUGCCCCUGGGGGCACUCCUGCUUCAGAGCGCAAAAGUGCUGCUGGGGCAGUGUGACAGGCCCUGAGUGCUCCUGCGCUCUGCAGCAGGCUGAUUUCAAUCCCAAACAGGCCUCAUUUAGCCUACUGCAGAGCACAGGAGCACUGCCGGGAGGGCCCUGGUGAGAUCCUGUGCUUCACAGCAGGCCAGUUUAGGUCCCAAACGGGCCCAAUUUGGUGUGUUCUCCUGCCAGCCAGGUAGACAGGGGCAGGGGGUGGGAGCAGGGGACCCCCCCACCCCCAGCAGGGGACUGGCAAUCCUAUUGCCACUAUUUCAGAGCAAUGUAAAACUAACUAUGUAGAUAAGAUAAUGAAAUACAACUGGACCUGGAUUAAAGGCUGAAUCCUACUGGAGGUCUACACAAGUAGUUUUGACGUAACAUUGCCUAUUCUGUGUAUACUUCCAUGCUUGCCAAAAAAAAUCUAGUUGCUUGCCUUUUACUUUGAGACGACGGGAAUACAUGGCAUCAAGGUCUCAGAAUAGUUCUCCUCUUCAGUACCUAUUUUUGUUUUUCCUGAUUUCCUGCCCUUUCCCAAUUGCUGUACUCGUGCUAGUAAUUAUACCAAUACAUCAGAUAAAAUAGGGUUAGCCCUUAAGAAAUGUGUGGAGAUUUUGUAAGAAAUGUUUGAGUUGAUUAAAACUCAACUUGCCUCAUUCCUUAGCACACGGGUUUUGGAGAAUUAAGUGGAGUGUUUAUAUUACGCUAGUCUUUACUCAGUAGUCACUAAAAUAGGUAAAAGACUUUGUGCAGAUGUAACUGUAUUUUGUAUCCGAGUCAUCAUCCUUGUGUUUUUCCUGCUCCUAAUUAUAUCUACUUGUAAAAUGUAAAGAUUUGCUAGCAUGCAUUCAGACAAGGUGUACCUUACACCUGUAUGAUGUAUUUGGGUGUUUCACUUAACUUCAAUUUAAUGCCUGUUCACUGAGAUUGGGUUGAGUGAGAAAUGUGUGCUCUUUUGUAAUGAUUUUAUAUUGAUUUUUUUUUACUUAGCUCCUUAAGAAAAAGCUCACUCAUCUCUGUAUUUGUUCCCAUUAAUAAUGCCACAAAACUAAGAUGAAAGAAAAAAACCUUCAAUAAUAUCUCAGCAUGUUAAUGUUAAUGUUUAUCCAUCACAAUAAUUGCAUUCCAAAGACCUCUUUUAAAUAGUUCUCAGGGAACAGAAGAUGUGGAGCUUUUUUUUUUUUCCUGUGGAUCUGAUGCAGCUCUAAGUAUCCCAGGUGUGUGUAAGAUAAAAUAUACGUUUGGGGUGCGGAUCACACAACUAGUUGCCAAGCAAUAUCCUCAAUUACCACCUUUUAGUUAUUCAGAUCAAGCUUCCUUACACAAGGUAUAACAUUUAAUGAAUAUGACUAAAUUUGGCAAGGACAGACCAUAUAUGUUAGCCUUCAUCCUAGGUUAGUGCAGCAAGACACCCCCUGAGGCUGUUUUUUAUACCGUAUAAAACUAGAACCACUAAAAAUGGUAAUUAUCUGACUGGUCUCUAAUAUUCUCUUUUCAAUGUGAUUUGCACUAGAGAAAGACCUCUGAUCAGUAGUUUUAAUCUCUACAACUUCUUACGCACAUCAACUAUGUAAGCUACAUUGUCCUCAACUUUGCCACUUUGUCUUUUAAAAAUACAUAUAUUUUCUUGGUUACUCCUCAACUUCUGAUUCAUGCUUGUGAACAUCUGAUCCUGGUGUAAAAUGGCAUCAAACUCAAAAAUUCAUGUUAUUGUAAUCAGAAGUCUUUGAAUAUAGAACAUGCACAGAAUAAGAAUUAAAGACAUUUAGAGUUAACUUGCUUUAUUCUUCAGAAAAUUAAUGGGACAGCUUGAUUUUGAUAACUCUUGGAGUUUUAAAAUGGAAGAAAAGCUGUGGUUUUUGUGUUAGUAGCCUGCCCGCGUGUUCUAUGCAUUACCCAUUCUGCAUCUUAAAAGAACUUUAAUUUUCUCAUUGAGUGUGAAUUAAUUUGUGAGUAGUGAAUUGGUCUCUUGACCAAUUCUUUUAUCCUGAUUUUUCUUCCUUAUGGUUUGGAAAUCUGGAGUAGCCAAAAAUAAAAUAUUGUUAAACAGAAUUCCUAAAGCAGCUGUCAGAAUAAGAAAGCAUUAUUAAAGAAAAAAUAGACUCUACUCUUGACACCAUCUUUAAAAGCGCAUGACCAUGAUCCAGACACUUGAGUGGAUGAUACCAUGCUUGAUCACAGCCUCUUAAUUGAUUAAACUGGGCGUACAAAUUCCCUUUUCAAAAUGCGGCAGGAAUCAAAUUAGCAUUCAACCUUGACUUUAUUGCAAAGCAGUCUCAACUCUCAAUAAAAAAUGAGAAGUCGUAAAGGCUGGUAUUUCUGGCCUUAACACAUGCCACAGUGUGCCUUUUUGGUUCCCCUUCUUUAUCUUGACCUCAUAUUUUUUAUGGCAGAGCUGAAUCAUAGGUAUUGAAAACUAUUAUUUCACUUCCCAUCUUCACACUUAAGAUUUUGUACUGGAAUGAAGAGAACCUCAGCAAGUCAGUUGCUAUAUAUCCACCUUUAUAAUAUAGGAUAAGCUAUGGUAACCUCUGACCAUGUUUGUAUAUAACACUUAUUUUGUACACAAUGGCUUUUUGGUUUGUUUCAGUAAAACUGUGGGGGAGGGGCUGUGUUUAGACACAAUCUUGCAUAUAUUGGUGACUUUUGUUGAAGAAAUUAUUUGAAUUAAAAUUAUAUUAACUUGUCCAUA